AUGUCCAUGGGCAACAUGUCCUCGGGCAAUGGCAUCCCUAGUUAUUUCACCUUCGAGAGAAUGUACUGGGCUGUCGUCGGCGCCGCCGUUGCUGCUUUCACACUCGUCAACCUAUACAGCUGGUUUCUGUGUCGCCAAAGGUUACGAUCAACAAGCAUGACUCCCGCCAGACCAAAAGCCUUUCCUUUUCUCGCCAUGGCCACAUCUACCGCCCUUGUUCGCGAGCUUGCCAAUGCUUCUCUGCCAGUCUUUGCCAUCAAGUCCCUCAGGAUACCUUCGCCAACCCUUGGCAAAGCCUCGAUCGUAGCCGCAAAUAUAAUCAUUCUUCUGGUCUUGUGUUUCUAUAAGCUCGACGUUAGCGAUCGAUGGUCCUUCGAGAACAUUGGUUACCGCACAGGCUUUGUCACUCUUUGUCAAUUGCCUCUUCUCUUCCUUCUGGCUGGAAAGCGCAACAUCAUUGCUGCUCUGAUCGGCUCUUCAUAUGAGCGCAUCAACUGGCUGCACCGCUGGGCCUCGCGAUGCUUCCUCCUGACCGCUACCAUCCACAUGGGCUAUUGGUUUGCAGACUGGGCCCCUUACGACUAUAUUGGCACAAAAAUCCGAACUGAUCCUAUCACAAAGCAUGGCGUCAUUGCUUGGGCUAUCCUAAUCUGGAUUACCAUUAGCUCCAUGACCCCCAUUCGUGGUUGGAGCUAUGAAUUCUUUGUUGUCCAACACAUCGUGUCCUUCGCCGUGUUCAUCGGCUUUGUCUAUUUACAUAUCCCAGCUGAGGUCAAGCAUUGGGUCUGGAUUUGUGUCGGCCUAUUCUUCUUCGAUCGUGUCGUGCGAGGCUUCUUCUACCUUUACAACAACUUGUCUAUCUUGCAUCCUAGCCAAAGAAAAGAUGGCACAAUGGGCAGGCUAUGGGCUUUGAAUGCCGAGCUCACCGCUCUGCCCAACAAUACUACACGAGUCACUAUCAACAAUCCUCCCAUCUCUUGGCGUCCUGGCCAACACGUCUUCCUUUCUGCUCACUCGCUAGCCCCAAUGCAGGCGCAUCCCUUCACCAUCUCCUCUCUUCCCAGCGACGGCAAAAUGGAGUUUUUGAUCCAGUCGAGGAAGGGCGGAACGCAAAAGAUCUAUCGACACGCGGAUACGAUCGGAAUGAGCCUUCCCCAAACCAACGGAGAUCUCACUAGAGGCUUUUCGACGAGUAUUGCUAUUGAGGGUCCCUACGGUCGUAUUCGCCCUCUACAACAAUUCGACAGUGUCGUAUUGCUUGCCGGUAGUUCUGGCGCAACAUUUACUAUGCCAUUACUACGUGACCUUGUCCAUUCAUGGAAGUCUAUGGAUGGUCAAAGCAAGAGCCGACGUGAGAAGCCAGUGACUAGACACGUGAGAUAUAUCUGGAUUGUCAAGUCCGGUCCUCAACUAAGCUGGUUCUCUUCGCAACUCGGCCAGGUUAUGGAUGAUGUUUCUCGCCUCCAAGAACAGGGCCACGAUGUCAGCGUUGAUAUUAGCGCCUACAUCACGUGUGACGAUACAUUUACGACCGAACAGAAGACUCUGCUGGAUGCUUGGAGGGCAUACUCGACCUCAACGUCCACAAAAUACGGUUCGGUCACCGAAGUUCUCAACUCUGCCGAUGACGAAGAAUAUAAUGACUACAGCAUGGAUAAAAAGUUCAGCUCCAAGGAUGAGAAGGUUGAGGUUCAAGAGCUUGAUCGCUAUUCGCUGUCCGACAAAGCCGAGCCCACACCAAAGCAGUCUUGCGGCCCUAACGGCACAUGUUGCUGUACCGCCACCAUCGAAGAUGAAGACGAUGAAGAAGCCAUCAGACUUGCAUGCACCUGCAAUUGUGGAGCGGGUCCAUCCCGAACAGACAGCUCAACGUCGAGCAAUCUGAACGAAAAGCCCAAGCCGAAGCAACCGUUCCUGCAUCCCGCGAUCUCGGUUUUCUCAGGCCGACCAGCUUGCAGGAAUGUCAUUCGCAAGACGCUUGAGCAAGCUUAUGGUGAAAGUGCCGUUGUCGUCUGUGGGCCUCAGGGCUUAGUCAACGACGUGCGAUCCAGCGUCGUUUCACUUAGUGACGAGAGAGCGGUCCACAAAGGCACAGGCGCUCAAGGCAUCUGGCUACAUGCCGAGGCCUUUGGAUACUGA